AUGUUAGAAUUAAGAAAAAGAUAGUCUAGCUAAUAAGGCAAUGGCGGGACUAUAUAGAAUAAUUUAGAAGUUAGUAGGGAAAGCAAAGUGAAGACUUUAUCUAUGUAGUAAUCAUUAUCGAAAAGGAUGAUUACAUUUGAAUAAAGAUAAACUUUAAAAGAGUAGCAAAAUUUGGAAAAGCCUAAUAAUAAUAAUAAUAAUAAUAACACCAAUAUGCUAACAAGCUUUAACAAUAAUUUGAGUAAGCAGUAGUCUACUUCUAAGAUCAAACACGAAAUAGAUGGAAAAUAUAGUAUGACGAACAUACCUCCUCAACAAAAUACUUAAAACAUGAUAUAAGAAAAUGAAGUGAAUAAAAAAGGAAUAUUUGAAGAAUAUCAAGAAAGAUGGAAGUAAAAUAAUAAAAAAAUAUUUAGAUAUUUAAUAACUUGGCAGGUUGGUGAUGAUGGUAAAAUAGAAGAUCAAUUAAAGCUGAUGAUUACUUACCUCUCAAUAAUUUUUAUAAUUAUCCUAUUUUUAUGCGGAUUUGCUACUACUUAUUAUUUCCACUAAACCAACAAAGAAAAUAUUCAGUAAGCAAUAGAAAGUUAAGCUUAGACAAUAUUGUAAAAUAGUUUGAUUCAAUAUAAAAAUUCAACUGAAUACAUUUUUAAGGGCUAUGAAUUUGUUUUAAACUACUUAAGUGACUUGAUUCUCUCAAAACUCUAAAUUAGCUACAAAGUAUAUGAUUUUAGCCAUAUAAAAUAAUUUCCGUAUAAAGGACCUAGUAAAAUGCACAUGAAAAACGAUCCAGAUAAAGGCAUGUGUCCUUUAUACACAGGAAAUGUUAAUUUUGAUCCAAAUGGAGUGAGUUUAGAAUGCAUUGAUUGGUUUGAAUUUGAUAAAACAACAUAACCAUUAAAUAAUUAAUAUGUUUAUUAAUAAAUGAUUGAUACAAAUACUUUGAAUGGAGCUAUUGAUAUCCUUAAUUACGUAUUAGAGAGUUAGAUUUUUGAUGUUUUUGUUACUAAACUGUACAAAAUUUACUUUGCAUUUGAAUACAGAUAAGUGAUGUAUGGUUAUCCGGGAUUGAUCAUGGGAUCAGUUCCAGACUCAUAUAGGGUUCAUGAGAGAGGUUGGUAUAAUAACACUAGGAACAAUCAUAUUAAUCAGCCUGACAAUUAAGUUUAUCGUGUUAUUUCAACACCUUAUUACGAUGCUGGCUCAGGUUAAAGAGUAGUUACAAUCUCGAAGGCUAUAUUAGCUCCUGCUAAAGAAGACACCGAUAAAAGAUACCUUGUAGGUAAAGGCUUGUUUAUGGGAGUUGCAAGCUUGGAUAUAAAGAUUGGAGAAUUCCAAUAAUUAUUUUAAGAUAUUGUUUUUUAUGACACUGGAUAUCUAGUCAUAGUAAAUAUAGAUGGAAACUUACUCAAUGAGCCUACUUAAUUCAUUAAAUAAGUUGGACUCUAAGGAAAAACUUAUUAAAAUUUGUCAAUCACUUAGUUAAUUCCUAAGGAUAAAUGGGAUAGCAUCUAUAACUAAAGUUAAGAAUAUCUUUUAUAGACCAUAACUAGUGUAUAAGGUUAGGAUCUAGUGGUGGCUAGUACAAUUAAUUCAGAAAAUUAUUACAAAAAUCAAUAAAUUGUAAUUAUGUUGAUUAUACCGUACAAUGAAGUAUAUGGAGAAAUCGAUAAUUAAAACUCUCAGAAUCUUGAAAAUAUUUUAAUUUCUAGUAUUGUAAGUCUAGUUGUGUUUGUUAUUGCUACUAUAUUUUGUAUGAUUUAUGUAAAGAAGAAAAUAGUUAAUAUGGUUUCUGCUAUCUCUGAGCUCAACAAGUGUGCACUAAGUUUAACCUCAGGAAGCAAUAACCCUAAUAUAAUUAAUUCUAAAUCUGACAACAAAGGAAACAUAAGCAACAGUAUACCUAUAGUGUCUAACAGCGAUGGUACGCAUUCAAAGAGAGAGGUCAUGGAGAAAUUAAAUCAGAUUUAAAAGAAUUCUCAAAGCUAAACAAUAAAAGACCUUGUAAAAGGAUUCGAAAAUCAGCUUAAAGGUAUUUCGAAACUGGGGAAAGGUGGAUAAAAUAUUCUCAAAAACGGAAAAGCCUCGCUAAAAUAUGAAUAAGCUGAAUUCGGAGGCACUUAACUACAAAGCUAUAUUGAGCCUUUGCUAACUUACUUGAAUAUGAAGAAAGAAAAAUUCGAUACAGAGCCUUCGUUCUAGAUUUCUAACUAUAGUGCACUGUCCUAAAUGUAAAUAAAAACUCUGACAAGUUAAUUUAAAAAAAAUAAUAUGAAUAAUAAUAACAACAAUUUUACUGGAGGAACUUAGCAAUCGCCUUUAUAAACUGCUCAAAAACUCUAAAUCAAAACUCUUCCAGAAGACUCUAAUAAUUUUAAAUUGGCUGGAGAUUCUAAAGAAAAAUCAAGCAUGAAUGAGGAAUUCAAUAAUAAUUUUCCUUAAAAAGAAACAAGCAACUUUUUGCAAUUAGAUCAGUAAAAUACAUAAAAUUCUAAACAAGAUAUUUCUAAUUGGAACACUUCAUAGAAUUACCCCAACACAUUAAAUGUGAAUCAUAAUGCAACACCGUCAAUUCAAAAUGGUAUUACAUCAAUAAAUUAGCAUACAACUCAAACAAUAAAUUAAAAUGAUACGGUAGCAACAAACAAUAAUCAUAAUAAUAAAUCUUAAACAUUAGCUUAAUAGAUCAAAGAAACUAAAUAAAUGCCUUAAAUUAUUUCAAAUGAAAUGGACUAGAAGGAUAAAAUUGACUCUGGUGAAAUCAAUAGAAAUUUAAAUGUGUUGAGUGUGAUUGAUCCUGACAUCAACCAAUAAAGAAAAGAAAUAGCAAAUUUAAAUUCAGAUAGAAAUCAGGUACUCUCUAACAAUUUUUUGCUAUCUAAUAAAAGUGAAAACAACCUAGUUUUUACAGCAAAUGCUAACAACUAUACUAACUAUUUUUUAAGUCAACGCAAUAGACCAGAAAACCAGAUAAACGAGGAUAACCUUAUUGCAUUUAAUAAUGGAGACGAUACUAUUGAUGUAGAUUCCAUAAAUUUUGAUAUAAUAAAAGGAGCAAAUAACGAUAUUGAUAAUUAAUGA